AUGUGUGAGAUGUACGUGGUUAUGACCCCAAUCAAUUUCGACAACAUGAAAACAAUACGCUUUGAACGUACAAAUCAUGUUGAUCAGUCUCGUGUGCAUCAUGUGGCCGGCGGACAACACACGGGGAUAAUCGUAAAUCAGGAAUGCAAAGGAGACGGUCUGGCUCCUGAGGUCCCCGAAAUGCAAUUGGAAUUUACUUGCGUCAUGUACAAUAGUCGUACAACUGAGACACAUGCGGAGAACCGUCGCCUAAAGUUCUGGUUCACGAAAAGUACACAACAGUUUGAUCGGCUAGAUGAGUCGUAUGCCUUCUUCCGCGAGCUUAUCAAUCCAGAUGCAUUUCCUCGAGACUAUGCUGGCUUCAUAAAAAAGGUGCUGAAACAACUUCACGGACCGAGCUACCUACGUUUGCGUCGAGUCGAUUUGGACAUUAUACCGCUAGACAAGCAUGCUCAAGAUGCUUUGGUACCGGUGCAUAUUGUCGGUUUCGGUCACAAUCGGGCCAAAUUGCAUUGUUUGUCUGUGGCUGAUUCGGUCAAUUUAUGA